GUUUGCACUCGAUCAUUCGCUGAGUUUAAACUCUGUUGGUUCACUAACCUUCCUUCAUACCGUCAAGAAAAGGAUUCAUUCCUGAUUUGGUGUAACCUUUUGCUUAAGAAUGUCAGCCUUUGAGCAAUUUAAUCCAGACUUUUAUCAAUCAAAUUAUGACAUUAACGACCAAGAGGACACGUCCAAUGACCAUGGAAGCAACAGUAACCCUGCAUCAAGUGGUGGGUUUGAGCCCAAAGUAUUUGUUCCUUCAGCAACGACACAGACUUCAGAACUCUAUGCAGGACAUUUCUUACAACCAUCUGAGGUCUACACUCCAUUCGGCCCAACAUCCACCAUAUAUGGAGGCACUGAUGAUGAGCCACCACUUUUAGAAGAGAUUGGGAUCAAUUUUGAUCACUUCUGGCAAAAAACGUUAACAGUUCUGAAUCCGAUGAAACCAGCAGAUGGCAGCAUUAUGAAUGAGACUGAUCUGGCAGGACCAAUAGUCUUCUGUUUGACAUUUGGAGCCACAUUGUUGCUGGCCGGUAAGGUACAAUUUGGCUAUGUUUAUGGAAUCAGUGUCUUUGGGUGUCUGGCAAUAUACACACUGCUGAACCUGAUGAGUUGCACAGAGGUCUCGAUUGGCUGCGUGGCCAGCGUCCUGGGAUACUGUCUCCUGCCAAUGGUCAUUCUCGCUGGCAUUGCCGUUCUCUUUUCACUCCAGGGAGUGUUUGGAGUUCUGCUCGCUUUGAUUGUCAUUGGAUGGUGCAGUCUGUCAGCCUCAAAAAUGUUCACUUCUACUUUGGCAAUGGAAGGACAACAGCUUCUUGUCGCUUAUCCUUGUGCCUUACUCUUCGGGAUCUUUACACUUCUGACAAUUUUCUAAGUCUUUGCUUGCAACAUUAAAUGUGCAUCUUAAAUUUAUUUUCAUUGGAGCUUACAUUUUUCUUUAUAAUUUUAGGAUGCAAUAAACAAUAAAAGAUUAGUCAGAUUUAA